AUGACGACCAACAGUACUGCACAAACAUCAACCGAUUCAUCCAUACCGACAUUUACAUCUUCAGUAGUUUUCAACGUUGCGCUCACCGGCGGGUUAUUCAUCGCAUUUGAAAUUACAAGAAAAAGGAAUAAAAAAGUUUAUGAACCAAGGACAUAUUUGGUUCCGGAAGAAAAACGUUCCGAGUCAUCGCACGGGGGUUUACUAGGAUGGCUGAUACCAAUACUCAAAAUUUCCGACGAUAAGGUGGUGAAUCGAAUUGGUCUGGACGCAUACAUGUUCCUCAGGUUCAUUCGACUAUUUGCGAUCAUCUACGCGGUAUUCACCAUCGUCGGCAUAGGUAUCCUCUUGCCGGUCAACUACAUCAAUCAACUGGGCAAACCGGGGCUAAACUCUUUCACAAUGGGAAACAUAAGCGACAGUAAUAGGCUUUACGCUCACGUGAUCGCGGCAUAUUUUUUCAGCGGUAAGGGAAAAGGGAAUUUGUUGGCAAUUCACUACUUGAGAAUAGAAACUCUCACCUACAUUAGGUUACGUCAUGAAUAUCUCACGACACCCGAGCAUCGUAUAUCCCCGCGCGCCACCACCAUUUUGGUUCUGGGCAUACCGAAUAAAUUAAACAACGAGAAUGAAUUGAAAAGGUUGUUCGAUGUUUUUCCUGGUGGCGUGAGGCGGAUAUGGAUUAAUAGAGAUCCCGAUAAUAUCUCGAAACUUCACACAAAACGAGAAGGUCUAAUUGGUAAACUUGAGGCUUCCGAGACCGCGCUGAUUCGCACGUAUGCAAUUCAUCUUGAAAAGAAAGUUGAUGGUGGCGAAGAGGAUAUUGAGGCCGGGUCGAAGGUUCCCAAAGCUCUACGACCGGUUCACCGGACAUCUCCGGUGAUUGGUUCAAAAGUUGAUUCGAUUGAAACUUAUCGGCGUGAACUACGAACGAUCAAUGGAAAAAUCGACGAAAGACUAAAAAAUAUUAAAGAUUUUAGACAAUUGAAUUCCGCAUUCAUUCAAUUCAACAAUUACGUCGGCGCACAAAUGGCUGCAAACUUGACCAUCCCACAUUUAACCGAAAUUUCUCCGGGGGAUGUAAUUUGGGAGAAUUUAAAUAUACCACGUUCACAGAAAAUGGUUAGGAGGUUGUUUAGCUUUUCCGUUUCAACUGCAUUGACCUUGCUUUGGUUAAUUCCUGUCGCGUUUGUCGCGUCCAUAAGCAAACUUUCAAAGUUGACCGAGGUUAUUCCUUUUCUUCAACCGGUGGUCGAUAAACUUCCUUCAAGUGUGAUUGGUAUUAUCCAAGGUUCGGCACUGGAACUUUUCCAAAUUGGACCUUUGGUUGUGAACAUUCUAUUUAAAAAAUUUUUGGUCAAAACUCCUCGUCAAGCUUGGGAUCUUGAGAGAACUCUGACUAUGAUGGAUUGGGGCACUUCUUUUCCACCUCAUAUAUUGAUGGCUGCAAUUGGAAUUUGGGUCAUGGGACUAAACUUCAAACAUAAUCCGAGUGUGGAUUUCUUGCCGGCUAAUCUCAUGGGUGUGAUCAACAUGAAGAACUUGGAAGUAAUUACUGAAACUGGAAAGACCUCAGUCCAAGAACAUGAGGUGGAAAAGAUUCAGGACAAUGCUGACGAAGUUCACAUCACCCAUACUCAAGAAGAGGAAGACCAAGGUGCAACUACAUAUUUGAAUCCAGCAUUUGUUGCCAAACAACCUGUAGUUUGGUUGCCACAAGAUCCCGAAGGAGUUAGUGACGAAGAGGUCAACGCCUGUCGGGAAGAUGGAAUAAAUGCUACAAACCAAGGGGCAACUUUAAAUGAGAAGAAAGGGAUCGACGUGGACGUCAACAAU